UCCCCGGCGCUCUACCCUAAACAAUUAAACCUUCAGCAGCCGCUGCCCAUCUCUCCAUCUCCCUUCCACUUAGAAUGGCCAGCAUCGAGUCCAUUCGCAAGGCACAGAGGGCUGACGGCCCGGCCACGAUCAUGGCCAUCGGAACCGCCAACCCUCCUCAUGCCGUCGACCAGAGCACCUACGCCGACUUCUACUUCCGAAUCACCAACAAUGAGCACAAGCACGAGCUCAAAGAGAAGUUCAAGCGCAUAUGUGAGAAAUCCAUGAUCAAGAAGCGGUACAUGUACCUCACCGAGGAUCUCCUGAAGCAGAACCCGAACAUGUGCGCCUACAUGGCGCCCUCUCUGGAUGCCCGGCAGGACAUCCUGGUGGAGGAGGUGCCGAAGCUGGGGAAGGAAGCAGCCGUCAAGGCCAUCAAGGAGUGGGGCCGCCCCAAGUCAAACAUCACUCACCUCGUCGUCUGCUCCACCAGCGGCGUCGACAUGCCCGGGGCCGACUACCAGCUCAUCAGGCUCCUCGGCCUCAACCCGUCCGUCAAGCGAGUCAUGCUCUACCACCAGGGCUGCUUCGCCGGCGGGACCGUGCUCCGCAUCGCCAAGGACCUCGCCGAGAACAACAAGGGUGCUCGCGUGCUUGUCGUGUGCUCCGAGAUCACCGUCGUCACCUUCCGAGGCACCGACGACAUCCACUUCGACAACCUCGUGGGCCAGGCCCUCUUCGCCGAUGGUGCAGCGGCACUCAUCGUCGGAGCGGAUCCGAUCCAAGGUGUCGAGAGGCCGCUCUUUCGAAUGGCUUCGGCGGCUCAGCUGGUACUGCCGGACAGCGAGGGGGCCAUCGAAGGCCACCUCAGGGAAGUGGGCCUCACCUUCCACCUCCUCAACCAGGUCCCCACCAUUAUCUCCAAGAACAUCGAGAAGAGCCUGGAGGAGGCGUUCGAGCCGCUGGGUAUCUCUGACUGGAAUUCCUUGUUCUGGAUUGCGCACCCUGGUGGCCCGGCCAUACUUGACGCCUUUGAGUCCAAACUGAAGCUGAAGCCGGAGAAGCUCCGGGCGACGCGGCACGUGCUUAGUGAGUACGGGAACAUGUCCAGCGCUUGCGUGUUCUUCAUACUGGACGAGAUGAGAAAGCGGUCGGCGAAGGAAGGGAAAGGGACCACCGGAGAGGGGCUCGAUUGGGGAGUGCUCUAUGGAUUCGGACCAGGGCUCACCAUGGAGACCGUCGUCCUCCAAAGUGUCGCUAUCUAGGGUUUCAGACUCCACCAUGGUUCCAUUGCUACAUUUUUUUCUCGUUGCUUCAGUUCAAGCAGUGUUCGACCAAACAAUAUUUUCAAAGAUUAUCUAUGAGAUAUGCAAUAAAUAAAUGAUUGAAUAAAAAGCCUGGUAUAGUGAAAUACUCAAUCAGCAAGUGUAUCUUUCUUCAAGAAUACUGAAGUGUUUACUCAAAGUUAAAAAAAGAAGAAGAAGAAUUAGUUCAGUGGGAAAUCUUAAUGUAAGAUCCUAAGUUAAAUCGCUGCCUCAGCAACGAACAUUUCUCCUUUGUACUGAA